CUCAGUUUGGACGUGUCAUGAGUACAGACAACUGAAAGGACACUAUUGAUACACCCUACAGGUCUCUCUUCGGUUAUUGCCACACAAGAAUAAAUCAAGGAUAAAUCUGCCGUGAUAAAAAGUUUGACUUAAGUCGUUUAAAUCAUUCUCGGUGCCGUGUUGGAUCUGGGUACCUGCUCAUGUGAGUUGUUCUCCAGCUAUGGAACCCUGGCCUCUCAUGGCCUGGGGCCUGAUGCUGACCGCCAUCAUCAGAGCGGUUCAAUCGAGGGACUUCACAGAAAAAGACAUUGUUUUUCUCCAUCCCUCAACAACUCCAUAUCCAGGAGGAUUUAAAUGUUUUACAUGUGAAAAUGCACCUGACAACUAUGAAUGCAACCGCUGGGCUCCAGAUCUCUACUGUCCACGAGAGAGCAGAUAUUGCUACACACAACAUAAGAUGAGCUGGGAUGGAAACACAGUGUCGGUGACGAAGCGUUGUGUGGCGCUGGAAGACUGUCUUGUAACUGGGUGCUCUGAGGUGGAUCAUGAAGGAAACAAGGUUUGUAUAUCCUGUUGUGAGGGGAACAUCUGUAACAUGCCCCUCCCGCGAAACGAAACUGACGCCAUCUUUGCCACCUCAUCUCCCAUUAAUGAGAGCGUUCAGCCAGCACAGAGUCCCACGCUGAUGCUUUCUGUCUGUAUCAUCAUCCUGAUGCUCCACAGUAUUAACUGAGAGAAUGGCCCGGAGUGGAAGAAACCUUCAUGGCAGUUAUUUAGGAAACUGUUGACUUGUGCCCGUCAGCUGUGGGCUUUACUUUCCUCAAAAUGAAGUGUUUUUAUUUUCUCUGAAUACAUUUUUAUGUAUCAUAUACUAAUGUAUGAUAUGAAAAAAAAAAUAUUGGUUGGUUUCCCUGAAGCUGAGUGGACUUGGGACGUGGAUAUUUAUGGCAAAACUGAAACAAAACUGCACUUUUUUAUUUUAUUUUAUUUUUUAAUUGUAUUAAUGUUAGUUGUGUUUUAUACAUUUCUAUAGAUAUAUUUAUUUUUUUAUCAUUCAUUUUUGUAGGAAGAUGAACUAUGUUGUUGGCUGUAGGUAUGAACCUAACUUGAAUUUUUCCACCCACCCCUCUCACCACUGUUAGAGUAUUUUUGUCAUUGAAAAGGGUUUGCCACCUUUAGAACCAAGUUCAGUGUGUCAUCCAGCAUUCCUCACUCCUAUAAAAAGAAAAUUAUCUUCUA